CACUCAUAGAAAGUUUACCCCAUAAACAUUUACUAUUAGUGUCAGUAGUUGGUAUAUAGUAAAAUAUUAAAAGUGUAUUAUUUGAAUAUUUAAUUCAGUUGCUGUACAUAAAACACAUACAUUCUCAACACAGGAAAUGUGUAAAAUCCAGCUUCUUCACUUCACCAUAUUAGCAGUUUGAAUGAACCAACGUGGAUGGACCAAAGUGAAUUGACAUCGUUAGAGUAAAUAUCACUCGAGUUUAAUGAAAUGGGUGAAAGUUUGAACUUUGAAACUCAAACAGGCCAAUCGUGCUUUGGUGCGCUUCAGGCUAGAUUCGCAGUAGUACACGUGAAAUGAGUAACUUUGGAACUGAGUCUCAAAUUUGCACCCAAGAUGUGCCAGUUCAUGUUAUCGUAAAUGAAAACGAACUCUUGAUGAUCAUGAACUGCGUCUUCCUUUUUCAACGCGAAAUUAAACAUGCCAAGAUUUUAAUUAGAACUUUCACUAGCAAUUUAGAGUCUAUGCAUGUAUAUUUAUAGAAGUGGAAUUUUGUCAUAAAUCCGUCCCCUCACAAAAUAUCUUGCGGGAUGUAAUAUUAUUACUUUGAGGUUUGUGCCAGCUUGCCACUUAGCGUUAUUGCAAUAUUAAUUACUAAUAUUACCACCGCUAAUAUGUACUUGGUACCACACAACGGAUGGAAAAAUUAUAAGUGUCACUGGGAGCAGAUUGAAGGGAAUUCCCCUUUGCCUCUCGUCGCUUUUGUGUGCAGUGGUGUGUUGUUGAUCUUGUUUUCCUUAUUACAUGACCUCGUCAAAGAAACGAAUUUGAUAAAUUAGUGCGGUUAAGAAAACGUGAAAAGUCCCGAGAGAGGCUGUGUUUACAAAGGAGUCGACCAAACAUGUUUCCACCGCACAUCUCCACGCGAACACUGAAUUUGGAGCGAGAGAGACGAAGUCCACGUCUCUCGGCGUCGAGCCCGAACGGAGUCAAAGAAAUGGCGGACCUGGACACGGUCACCCCACCAGGAGGUCGCCUGCUUAGUAGAAUGGGUAGAAGAAUACAGAACCAAAGACGUUGGAGUCUCACAACCUCGGCCCGACACAGGCGACAAGUGAAGCGUCAACUUAAUCCACCAGUGAUGUGGAACUUUCAGGGAAUGCGUGGGAAAAUGCCUUCAAAUUGUCUGUGGCAUGCAGCUCAAGCACUAUUUCUGGGGUGUUUACUGUUCUCAAUUGGAACCGUCAUGUCUUAUUUUGGAUUCGAAGCUGAUGGGGUUUUCACAAGUAAUGGGACUGCUGUGGCCGGCGGUCGUGCUUAUUUUUAUGAGGAUGCUCGAGGAAGUAACGUGAAGUUUAGCAAGUUGUCAUACGCCGGACCAAUUAUUAUGGGUCUGGGUGGAUUUAUUAUCGUUGCUGCCUGCGUUAUGACUUUCGAAUCCAGAGAUUCAGCUGCGAAGGUCGGACCUGCAGCAUUUGUGGCAUCAGAUGAGACAAGUUUGCCCUAUCCCGUCAUUAUGAAACCACGAACAAGCAGGGGACGCGCAGAAGUCCGCACAAUUGCCACUCAAACCGAUCAUUCAUCUUCGGAUACUCUCCACAACCUCCAUAUUUUCGACAAGAAGAACUUGUUGGAAACAUUUAGAAAAUUUUCCAGAACUGUCCGACAGUCCAGUUCGAAGGAGGAUGAUAUUCACAGGUGCCCAUCAGCUCCAAAUUUAUAUGACGAAGAAGAUCCGUCCAAGCCAAAUGUCCCUAAACCGGCAGCUAUCGCAGCGAGAAGAUCUUCUUGUCUCCCAAAAUUUCGAAAUAGGGUCCCUCCUCCAGUUCUACGUCAAGCUGUCUCAAUCGACUGUUCGUCCUCGUCACCAUUUCUUCCAAUCACCCCUCGUUCGUCCAACAUGAGUCAACUGCUCCCUAGUUCGUCGGGACAUCAUCAUCAUUCUCAUCACCAUAACCCAGUAGGAGGGAGCUGUGGGCACAUAAAAAUCAGAAAAGGGAUGCAUCGAACAAGCACAAACGUAUCUUCCGAUAGGACAUUGGGCAGUGGGGAUAUCACGAGUCCCAAUUCACAAUCAACGUCGCGAGCAGUUUCAACUUUGUCCAUGGAAAACACGAGUAGUUUUGGGAGUGGGGUCACUGUAAAACAAUGUGUGGGCGAAUCAGGUGGUGGGGGUGGAACUGUUGAUUUGCAUCUUCCUGGAAAUGGAAUGGUCACCCUUAACGUGAUUCAUACGAGUGGGAACAUGUUGAGUAGUUCGUCCACCUGUCUUCGAACUUUGUCUCCACAUUCAAGCUAUCAUAGCCAAAGUGACGACUCUUCGUUUGACAUGGGUUCUGUAAAAAGUGAUAAUGUCCUUCUUCCAAAGUCUCCCAUGAAACCUUUCAAGUCAUUCCGGUCAUUUGGAUCUGAAUCUUUCGGACGACCAACGUUAGUGCGACAAGCAAAAGUAGAGGCUGAGAUUGUCUGCAUUCCUGACUCAGAUUCGGAGGAAGCAAUUCCUGAAGUGGAACAUGAAUCAGACACUGACUAAACUGAAACUUACUAAAAUAGAAUAGCUUAGUAUUAGUAUAUCAUUGUGGACGGUAUUAAUUCUUGCGUUGAACUGCAAUCAUGCAAUACAAUCAAGUUAUGGCGUGUCAAUUGAGCUUGAUAUUUGACAGGGUGUGAAUCGAUCGGGGAUCAUUUGCAUAACGAUGAAAACAACAUUAUCAAACAGUAUAUAUGUAUACAUUUUCCAUUGAAACUGCAUCUAUGUGUUCUUCUCAGACUAAUGUUCUUCUCGUUAAUUUCAAGAAUAUACGAACGAAACGAUUGGUUUUUAAAACAGUUUGACCUUUUUUUCUCUACAUAUAUUUUGAAUAAAUACCCAACAUCUCUUUCCAGAAACUACAAUUUUACAGAAACGAUUUAUUAACCAUUUCAAUAGAUUUCUAAGUAUAUCCUAGUCACACAAUGUCGUCAUUUCGGAAUCCAUAUUAUUAUUACUUCAUUACAUAACGUCAAUAUAAUCCAAAGGUCGGAGGGACAAAUGACAAUAGAGUACAAGGAAAAAAUAUAGAUUAAGUAA